GUGCCUGCUACUUUACGUGCCAAAGCUCUCUUCGUUCUUGGCCUUCUAGCCUGGAUUGAUCGAUGCGGGGCAAUGUUUGAUAGUCGUUCAAAAUCCAACGCAUCUGACUGGUUGGCUAUUGAGUGAAUGACCGAGCAUCUCGCUGAUGUCGGAUCGCCGACCUUUAGUAGGACUAUCGACACUUAGAGAGCUCGCAUUUAUGGCCUCAUUGUGCGUGAGCUGUGACAUUUCGUAUCCUUGACGAAGUGUUCUGCGAUACUUCGGAGAAGGACAUCGCCCGCGCAACUAUGGUGACUCCGGAAAGACAGAAGAGGACCUAUUUGGGAGCAUGAUUCAACGAGGUUCUCUCCUGAUACAACUGAUGCUAUGGAUCUCGUGAGCCGCAGUCAUCUUGCUGUGCCUGCAGCGCCCGUUUGAAGGGUAUAAAAAGAGCCUGGUAUUCAACUCCAAGAGCGUAAGACGCCCGAGUCUAAUAGCUUUUCGACCACGAAUAACCAAAGUCUCAUUUCUUAUCACUAACUGACGCUCAUCAACAUGGCUACUCCCACUUGGCCGACUCCUCAGGAUCUUAAUGACCUUCAAGCCGACGUCGUUCUUGGUAUCCCGAAGCGUGCUGAGGACUUCAUCUUCUUCAACAUCCAGGAUGCGGCUGCUUUCAAGAAGGAUCUCAAGGAGCUCAUCCCAGCCAUCACUACGACCGCACAAGUCAAGAAGAUCCGCACCGACAUUACCAACCACAAGCAGCAGGGCAAGACCGACUUGAUCAAGGUUGCUGCCAUCAACAUUGCGUUCUCCGUUGCUGGCUUAAAGAAGCUCGGCAUCACCGAGUCUCUCGGCGAUGAUGCGUUCAACCAAGGUCAAUUAGCGCAUGCGCAGAACCUUGGUGAUACUGGCAAGACCGAAAACGGAUCAUUCGUUCCCGAAUGGAUCGAUGCGUUCAAGAAUGAAAUCGAUGGUGUUGUUUUGGUCGCUGGUGACUCCAAGAUCUCCGUCGACGAGGGCGUUAACAAGGUUGAACAUACCUUCGGCAAAUCUAUCAAAGAAGUCUUCAAGGUCAACGGACAUGUCCGACCUAACAAGGAGAAGGGUCACGAACACUUCGGUUUCAAAGACGGGAUCUCCUUCCCUGCUAUUGAUGCAUUGACUGGUCACCUCCCUGGUCAGAUCGUCGUAGACCCUGGCGUCCUUGUUUGUGGUACCAAUGGCGAUACGGUCCAGAACCGACCUGCGUGGGCAAAGAACGGAUCUUUCCUUGUAUAUCGUCAACUGCAGCAGCUUGUACCGGAGUUCAACAAGUUCCUCACGGACAACCCUGUCAAUGUGCCAGGUCUUCCGCGUGACAAGGGAAGCGAGUUGCUCGGUGCUAGGUUGUUCGGUCGUUGGAAGAGCGGCGCGCCCAUCGAACUUGCGCCGACUGCGGAUGACCCGAAGCUCGCUGAGGACAAGCAGAGGAACAAUAACUUUGAUUUCAAGGACAGCUUCUCGGACCAGACCAAGUGUCCGUUUGCUGCGCACAUCCGGAAGACGAACCCUCGCAAUGAUCUUAUCCAGCCGUUCGGUGAUGGUGCAUUGAAGCCUCACAUGAUCGUCCGCCAGAGCAUUACCUAUGGACCUGAAGUGACGCCUGAGGAGGCACACUCGAACAAGACGAAGGUCGACCGUGGACUUGCUUUCGUUUGCUACCAGAGCAACCUCGCGAACGGCUUUGAAUUCGUUCAGGAAUCAUGGGCGAACGCCACUGGUUUCCCACCACAGAAGCCCGUCACGCCUGGGUUUGACCCGAUCAUCGGCCAGAAGAACGGUCAAGCUCGCGAAACUGCUGGUUUGCAGAUUGACAACCAGUCUGCGAACACAACGUUGCCGAUCGAGUUUGUUGUGUCGAAGGGAGGGGCGUACUUUUUCUCACCAUCGAUUACUGCGCUCAAGACGAAGUUGUCUGCUUGAGCGACCAUCUGACGAACUGUACACCUAACGAACUGUUCUUACUUUUGUAAUUGUAUAAGUUCAAGCCUUUUUUUGUAUAUAGUACCAAUAUGUUUGUAACACUACAUAUACGAAUGACAAAUGUCAAGUGUAUUUCAAGCAAAUAAAAAAGAUGUGUGAAUGUCAUGUUAUGUCUUUAUUCGAGACUGAACGAGCUAUGCUAUAACUGUUGCUCGUUUAACCAUUGUUCGAUAGCGUCGAGCAUCUCUUGUGCCUUGCUCCGACUCUGAGCAGCCCAGAAAUGCGAACCGCCUGGAAUACAGGCUACCUUCACUCUUUCAGUGUCCUCUCCACCUUCCUCCUCCCCUCCAACACUCACAUCCUGCGAAUUUACCUUCUCCUUCCCUAACUUAACCAACUCCCCCGCCCAAACUCCAUACUUAGCAGCACUAGUGAACUCGUCAGCGUCUCCAUAGACAACGAGGACGCGGGAGGAGGGGGAACGGACGAGAGAGUGGAGAGCGGAGGUGUAGGUUUUGCUGUGGAAGAGUGUGA